CCAUUGUCAUUUGAUCUGACUACAAAACAAACUGCAGACGUUAGAUCUAUAGCAUCCAAAGCAGUUCUGUGCUCUACGGAAUAAUUUGUAUCUUGGUGCAUCUGUAUCAUCCGUUCUCCUAUGUCUAGCAACGAAUAUUAACGUUUCGGGUGUGCUUGAUUGGCGCACAUGAAACGAGGCAAUGCACGACGCUCGUAGAUACAAUAUAUACUCUGUCGUGGAAUCCUGUUCUGUUCACUCUCGAGCCUUGGGCUAGGUCCGGAGUCUUUUUUUCUUACUUUCCAACAUUCUCUUGCGAGGCGGGACCUACUGCAAGAGUUUAGAUUGGCAUGCCAAUCUUUGGAACUGCUUCGUCUGUGACGUUACCGCGCAGGCAGGACGGAGACUCGGUGGACCUACUCGACUUCAAUCUUCGCUUGGUUGCAGCAUUCUUCCUAGGAUGGGUCUUCAUUUACAGCAUACAAUGUAUGCUUUGUUCUGUCGUCACCUGGAGCAUAGCGCAACGUAUCUGGGCUUUGCUUCGAUUUAUAGGACGAAGGCUUCAACAGAGCAUAGGCAUUUCCCCGUUAGGCCUUCCAGUGCAUAGAUCAGCAUCUCAAACGAAUGCACCUGUCCGAAUGGACAGCGAUGUAUCCAGCAUUAAUCGCAGCCAUGAUCGGACGUCUUUGAUCUUCACGUUGAAUCUUUGCUUUGUGUUUGCUUCCAUCGCCUUCUUUCUAUCACUGUUGUCAUUCAAGGGCGGUGUUAGAUGGGAAACUGGAUGUACAUUUGUCGUUGCAUGGGGUGGAAUGGCCUCGCGUUCGGCACGCUUGAUAGGUAUCCUCAUCCUUUGCUUGGAAUUGCGUCGUAAUCGCAUUCGAAGGUGGGAACGAUGGGGAAUUUGGGCGAUUUUCUGUAUUGCACUUGGAUUGAUGUUCGCAACUAAUGCAUUGAGCACAGGUGCAAUUGCAGCGGUUGAGAAUGCGAACGCACUUAAAUGCAACAGGAAACGUUUCUUGCCUGUGGCUCUAACUUCGUCCUUCGUGCAGCUAGGGAUCGAAUUAUAUGUUGCUAUUCGCCUUAUGACUAUUAUUCUCCCUUCUGCGCGGGGAUUGCAAAACAUCAUCGGCUCACCAUCAACUGUCCACCUUGGUCGCGCGCUGAGUCUCGUAGUGUUUGAGUUAUUGACAUUUGUCCCUGAUGCUAUCGAUACAAGUGUGGUCGCCGAGUUCGUACCGUUCACAGUAGGCUCAAUCAUAGUGUUGGCUGCAUUCAAUCGUCCUUCCCGUUCAAUUAGGACUGCCCCACCAUCUCCUAUCAUGGUCUUCAACGAGAAAUCACCGUACGGCCCUCAAGCAUCCCCACACGAUUCACCACCCUCUUUUGUCAUUAUCAGUCCCUUGCCGUCUACUGGACCAGAGACACACGAUAAGGGUUACAGGCAGUCCGUCCAAACUGUUGCCACCUCUGCGCUCAGCAGCGUGGAAGACGCUGUUGUGUAUACCGCAGUUCGGCAUGCAUUCUCUCAGGGCUCGAUAAUACUACCCGGUAAUACGCCCGGUGGCGUGGAAGAUACGCAAGGUCAGCCAUCGCAGCGACGGCGUAUCUUGUCAUUCCAGACUGAGGUUGCGGAGGAGCUGGAGAGAAUGGCUGAAGAGGCGCAGCAGCAGCUUGCGACUGGACCUAUUCCUCGGCGGUCGAAACCGCGCCCAAACAUGACCAUUGUUGUUCAUGACCCCCGCGAAGAGCUCGAUGGCGCGAUUACCGCAUCUCUACGAACAGACGGCUCUACUGUGUUGGGAUCUGACAUCAUUCGAGGCGGGUCUUCUCGUUUGAAUAGGGGCAUGAAGCAAUCAGCAUCCCCGUCACUUUCGGCAUUCUUCUCUCCCCAAGAAUCGGAUGCAUUAACAGAGCAUACGGAUCACAGACAUUCCUAUGCAUCUACUCAGUGUGUUUCUGAAUACGAUCCGGAUGAUGGCCGCUUCUCUAUCAUAUCGAGGACUAGCAGAGGGAAGAACUCCGGACCAGUACGCCAUUCGUUCUUGAAGUCGUCAUGGUCUACUCCGCAGAGACUUUCGUUGGCCUCGCGCUCCGGAGAAACACUGUCUACGCUUGCUGAGGGCAGACCAAGCGGUUCAUUCCGGUCCAGUAUUCGUAGCAAGAAGUCUCAGAGACGUUCAGAGAAGAGCGUAGCUCCUCCAAUGCCUCAGCUUCCCUUGCGUGUCGCAACUGACAUGCCACCUAUUCCAUCAAUCACUCUUACACCUAGUUUGCGCACGCCUGCACCUCCUCAGACCCCUUCAAUUCCUUACGCCCUUCCGCCAUCUACCCCUGAAGCAAGUCUCUCCGUUUUUAAUGGUCCACAAGCAGAUCCUGAGAGCUUGACACACAAGAUAAAGGGUCCGAGACCCCCGCCUUCUGUUUUCUUUCCCUAAGUUGCGUAGGUAUUCUUUCAAGUGUACAUAGUUAUUCGGGUAUUAUGUAUUGCAUUGUAUUUCACCGUCUCCCAGUGAUAAUCUACAUAUGCUGCAAUCGACAGUCAAGGCCCUGAUUUGAAGACGACCUGACGGGCGCCUGUUGAGAGC